AUGGGCCUUCUUUCUCACAAACACCUGUUCUGUUUGUUCCUUGUAACAUUUGCACUAUUGAUAUCAACCAGAUUAUUAGUCUUAAGAUCGACCGUCAAGCCACCGACGCUCGACCUCAACAUACUCCCGAACCCGAACCUUCUUACAUCACCCGAAAAAUCGAAUCUUGAAUUUGAAUCCACGCCGACAAAAAAAUGCACGAGAAACGAUCAAAUUCUGAAAGUCUUCAUGCACGACUUGCCCUUCCAAUUCCAUUUCGGGCUAAUGGGCUGGCGUGGCUCGGGCAGCACCGUUUGGCCCGAUAUCCGGGUCCAAGUGCCCGACUACCCGGGCGGGUUAAAUCUACAACACAGCAUAGAAUACUGGCUUACUCUCGAUCUCCUCAGCUCGGAAUUCUCUAACAAUCUGACCGGGCGUACGGCUGUCAGAGUACAAAACUCAGCCGAAGCUGACAUCAUAUUCGUCCCGUUUUUCGCAUCCAUAAGCUACAACCGAUAUUCCAAGAAGCUGAAGCCCGACCAGAAAAGCCCGAACGAUUUAUUGCAGGAAAAGCUCGUCGAGUUCUUGACAUCCCGGAAGGAGUGGAAGAGGUCCGGGGGAAAGGACCACUUGAUCGUGGCCCACCACCCGAACAGCCUCUUGUACGCAAGGAUGAAAUUAUGGCCCGCGAUUUUUGUUUUGGCCGAUUUUGGAAGGUAUCCGAAGAAUGUUGCGAAUGUCGACAAGGAUUUGAUUGCGCCUUACAUGCAUUUAAUCCCGAGUUACUUGGAUGAUAGUUCGGGUUACGAUGGCCGGCCGACUUUGCUUUAUUUUCAGGGGGCGAUCUAUAGGAAAGACGGAGGAUUGAUCAGGCAAGAGUUGUUCUACAUGUUGAAAGACGAAAAAGACGUGCAUUUCUCGUUCGGGAGCAUUCAAGGAGACGGUAUAAACCAAGCUGCGGAAGGCAUGCGAAAGUCGAGAUUCUGCCUAAAUAUAGCCGGGGACACGCCCUCGUCUAACCGUCUAUUCGACGCAAUAGCCAGCCACUGUGUGCCAGUUGUCAUAAGCGACGAAAUCGAGCUUCCGUUUGAGGACAUUCUAGAUUAUUCCGAGUUCUGCGUAUUCGUUCGUGCCUCGGAUGCCCUAAAAGAGAAUUUCUUGAUCGAUUUUGUUAGGAAUAUCGGUAAGGAGGAGUGGACAAGGAUGUGGAUGAGGUUGAAAGAAGUCGAAAAGUUUUUUGAGUAUCGACACCCGUCGAGAGAGGAUGACGCGGUCCAGAUGAUCUGGCGCUCGGUUUUGCGGAAGGUUCCAGAGAUCAAGAGGAAGGUUCAUAGGGCCGACCGGUUUUUGCAGACGGGUGUUGGGGGGGAGAUCAGGCUUAGAUCGGCAGCUGUGCCUAGAAACUUUGGUGAGAAGUAG